AUGGUGAAGGAAACGGAGUACUACGAUGUACUCGGCGUUAUCCCAACUGCUACGGAGGCUGAGAUUAAGAAAGCUUACUACAUCAAGGUGUUGGGAGAGGCCUAUCAAGUGCUAAGUGAUUCAGGACAACGCCAAGCUUAUGAUGCAUGUGGGAAGUCAGGGAUCUCAACUGAUGCAAUCAUCGAUCCUGCUGCUAUAUUUGCAAUGCUUUUCGGUAGCGAGCUAUUUGAAGGUUACAUAGGACAGCUUGCUAUGGCAUCAAUGGCUUCACUUGAUAUCUUCAGUGAAGGGGAUCAGUUUGAUACCAAAAAGAUACAAGAAAAAAUGAAAAAUGUACAGAAAGAAAGAGAAGACAGGCUUGCUCAGAUUCUCAAAGACCGCCUUAACGAAUAUGUGUUAAACAAAGACGAAUUUAUUAGUAAUGCUGAAGCUGAAAUGCUAAGGCUCUCAAAUGCAGCGUAUGGUGUGGAUAUGUUGAAUACGAUUGGGUAUAUAUAUGUAAGACAAGCAGCAAAAGAGCUUGGGAAGAAAGCUAUUUAUCUCGGAGUACCAUUCAUUGCCGAAUGGUUUAGGAACAAAGGUCACUUCAUCAAAUCCCAACUAACCGCUGCAACUGGCGCAUUCGCUUUGUUCCAGCUGCAGGAGGAAAUGAAAAGGCAGCUAAAUGCUGAAGGAAAUUAUACAGAGGAGGAACUUGAGGAAUACCUUCAGUCCCAUAAAAGAGUGAUGAUUGAUUCUCUGUGGAAGCUUAAUGUUGCUGAUAUCGAAGCCACUCUUUCCCGUGUUUGUCAGCUGGUUCUUCAAGAUCCCGAAGCCAAAAGAGAGGAGCUUCGUGCAAGAGCAAGGGGAUUAAAAACGCUGGGGAGGAUCUUCCAGAAAGCGAAAACAGCUAGUGAGAGUGAUCCUAUAGCAAGAACUGAACCUCAAAAAUUAAACGAAAAUGAAAGGGGUUACGACGAUGGUGCCUCUACAUCCCCAGAAUCCAGUGAAGCGUCUCACUCUAUCUCUGGUUCUCAGGAACCAAAAAGCCCCUACGUGGAAGAACCGAAACUCGGAGAUGAACAGUUCAAGUUUCACUUCCCAAGACCCGCACCACCACCUGGCGCAGAGAAACACACCGGCUAUGAUUGA